CUGUAUUAGCAACGGUAAGUUGAUGCUGGUAGAUGCCACUAAAAUCACGGCCAAUCUCCACAGAGAAUCUCCUUGUCCUUCUGGGCCUUGAAUGAGGAGAAGUAUGGAAAAGACUUCAGAUUGCAAAUCUCCAGUACAGAAUAACAGAGAAACUGGCCAAGACUGUCACAUAAACUGUGUGCUUGACAAAGAACUGUUAGGAUGGGAAACAGUGCACUAAAAGCCCACUUGGAGACUGCACAGAAAACUGGUGUAUUUCAGCUGACAGGAAAAGGACUGACAGAGUUUCCUGAAGAUCUGCAGAAGCUAACAAGCAACUUAAGGACAAUAGACCUGUCGAACAACAAAAUAGAGGUCUUGCCACCACUCAUUGGAAAAUUUUCCUUUUUGAAGAGCCUUGCUCUGAAUAACAACAAGCUGACUGCUUUACCUGAGGAGCUGUGUAAGUUGAAAAAACUGGAAACGCUACACUUGAACGGCAAUCACUUGAGGCAGCUACCAGCUGCAUUUGGACAACUUUCAGCUCUCAAAACCCUGAGCCUUUCUGGAAACCAGCUUCGGACUGUGCCUACACAACUCUGUGGUCUUCGCCAGUUGGAUGUGGUAGACCUUUCCAAAAACCAGAUUCAAAAUGUGCCCGACACUGUGGGGGAACUGCAAGCUAUCGAACUCAAUUUGAAUCAGAAUCAGAUUUCCCAGAUCUCAGUGCAGAUAUCCCACUGUCCACGCCUCAAAGUCUUGCGUUUAGAAGAAAACUGUCUAGAACUCAGCAUGCUUCCACAAAGUAUCCUCAGUGAUUCCCAGAUCUCACUGCUUGCAGUAGAAGGCAAUCUCUUUGAAAUCAAGAAACUCAGAGAACUGGAAGGUUAUGACAAGUACAUGGAACGAUUUACAGCCACAAAGAAGAAGUUUGCUUGAUUCUGACCCUGCAUAUUCCCAGGAAGAAGAGUUAGUGACUGAAGCACCUACUUCACUGAUGCAAACCUAGACUGACGAAGAUGAUGAUCCCAGCACUCCUCUUCUAGUAGUCUUACAUGGUCUGUCAAGGCCACAUUGAAUAAACUUGAACUAGAGACCACGGGUAUUGAACUGAUGAACCUGUCCAGGGGCCAGUUUAGAUUUUUGUGCCACUAUAGCUUUGAACACAAUAGACAUUGUCCUUUGUCAGGGCUUGCUUUUUCACAGAGAAAGGGAAUGAGCAUUUCGAAGUUGGCAGUUCUCUUUUGUCAGGAAGCUGCCUGUCAUUUUCUGUGAGAACUGUUUAUUCUGGAAACAUUUUUCCAUGAUACCACAUGGAAUUUCUACCACCAAAACACCUCUGAAACAGUGUAUAUCUUGCAGAAAGCACUGCCCUAUAGCUAACUUUUACAGAGGAGGUUUUAGUUUAUAACAUGUAUAAUUUAAUUUUUAUGGAGCCCAAAUAGUAGUGGCUAAGUAUUCUGUGAACUGCUUCCAUUGAACAAAUGGUUUGAGCAUCCUUCAUUCGUAUUUUCCUGUAUGGGCUUUUUUUUCCCUUAGGCAAGAACUGCACUAUGCACUACAAUCCACUUCUGCUCAAGCUGUAUCAAAUCAAAAUGAGGUUCAUCUUCAGUAUAUUCUGUAAAAAUAUGUAUUACUGGAAAAUACCCUUGCACUGACUCCGUCUGUACAGAGCAAUGCUGAAAGUUUUAGUUGUCAGCCAGCUGUUGCUGCCUUAUUACCAAAAGCAUCUAGAAAGAGCUAAAGUGUAUGCAAUUAUGUAACUUAAUACUGAAAAGGAAAAUGUACUUGUUUAUUUUAGUAAAUAUUUUUUUUUAAAAAAUCAA